GCUGGGGGCAGUGCAGCUCGCUGUGUGUGAGCGCGCGUGUCUGGAGGGCUGAGGACUUGGUUCAUUCAGCGCGGCUCGGGACAGGAGAAGGGGGCGGGGCUGAGCCGAGCGCUUACCGAAGGGAGGGAGGUGGAGACCAGAGGAGGAUUCAUAAACAGGAGCUGAUCUCCUAGUUUUAAAACGCCGCUCUCAGUUCAAACCUUCAAGUAGCGUAGAACUAGCUCACAGCUCACUAACCGACCCAACACGACUCUUCAUUCAGAGAGCAGCGCUGCUCCGUAACAUUGCGGCUGAACGAAGUUGAAUGGGCUUGAUUGCACGGACAACUCAUAGUUUUCAUUAACUUUUCAGGACGUCUUCCCACUUUAGCCGGGACUUUAACUCCCUCAAACUUUAUACGACACGUCCUUGCUGACAAGACCACUGAAACGAACCGCUGCAGUCAAUCUCUGGGAUUUUAGGAGAGAGACAUCAGGAGGAACUCUCUCAAAUGCAAAACUAUAUGUAUGAGAAGGCGAUGGCACCCGAAACAAGAAACGGAGGAACAUCCACGUUAAAUAACAACGGCGUAGAUAACAGCAAGAGGAAACUUUUAAUAGCACUAGACAUCUUCUGCCUUGUUCUGGUUAUGCUGCCCUCGAUGGUGUUGCAUAAAUCGACAGUGCAGCCGUACCAGCGUGGGUUCUACUGCGCGGACGACAGUAUCCGCUACACCUAUAAAAGCAGCACUGUGCCUUCUUCUGUGCUCACAGCCGUGGGCCUCCUCCUGCCCAUUGCCAGUAUUGUGAUUGGCGAAUGCUACAGGAUCCAUUACCUGAACCAGGGCUCCAAAUCGUUUGUGGGAAAUCCAUAUGUCUCCGCCCUUUACAGACAAGUGGGUGUGUUCAUCUUUGGCUGCGCCGUCAGCCAAUCAUUCACAGACAUCGCCAAGGUCUCGGUUGGACGGAUGAGGCCGCACUUCCUAGACGUUUGUAAGCCUGACUACACUACCAUCAACUGCUCUCUGGGAUAUAUUACUCAAUACACAUGUCUUGAAGAUUCCAGCAAAGUACAAGAAGCCAGAAAAUCCUUCUUUUCUGGACAUGCUUCAUUUUCGAUGUACACCAUGCUGUAUCUGGCAUUCUACCUGCAGUCUCGGUUCACGUGGCGAGGAGCCCGUCUGCUGAGGCCACUCGUGCAGUUCACCUUGCUAAUGAUGGCCUUCUACACUGGGUUAUCACGUGUUUCUGAUCACAAGCACCACCCCACUGAUGUUUUAGCUGGCUUUGCCCAAGGAGCCCUGGUGGCCUACUGCAUAGCCUUUUAUGUAUCGGACCUCUUCAAACCCAAAGCCAAGGCUGCCACUCCACCUCCCUCGCCAAUCAAGAAAGAGCUCCUCCCCUCUUCUGACAUCAUAGACAGGAACAACCAUCACAACAUGGUGUAAGAGGGGGGGAACGGGAGGAUCCGUUUGCAGUCUCCCCAUCCCUCACCACCCCCCCGAAUCCCCUGAAGAAACCAGAACAGCCACCUGUGACAGAGGAGCUCCGGCUUAGCUGAAGCCUCCUCUCUCUCAUCUGACAGUAGAAUGUAGGGACAUGACAGAGACAAUCCUAUUGACCUCACUAUCCUAGAGCCCGAUUCGAAAGGCCAAACAAGACACAAAGCUAACAAAAAAGCGAUUUCUCCCUCAAAAUAUUGCGGAGAAUGAAUUGAGCUCCUUUGACGAAAGUAAUACACAGAUGCAAACGAAAGGAAGAAGAGAGUGAAUGUGAGGCUGGUCACGUGACCAGCGCUUCUCUCUUGUAUCUGUGGCCUUUCAACAACAGUAUAGGACAACAAAUUCCUUAUUAAUAGGAAUGAUUCGUUUUACCUGCGAUGUAAUUAGCACAGAUAUAUAAACAGUAUAAAGAAGAAUAACUUAUAGCACUAUAUCCAAGUUCAUUAAACGUCACCACUCGCUAUCUGAGAAGAGUAGCUUUGAGAAGCUUGAUGACGGUCUGUACACAAGAUCAUAUUUAGCCAUCAAAGCUGAUCUUAGCUACCCGAACAGUGGCCUAACUAUUGGAGAAUGCAUUUUAAAGGGUUUUAAAUGGCGGGUGGGUGGGU